CAGCUUCUUUCUAGUCUUUACAAACCCUUCUCUCUAUAUAUAUAUAUAUACAUACAACUUCUGAGGAAUAUACACAACACAUCUGUAUACAAGAUAUCAUUAUCCAAGGAAUACCUUAAGUUUCCUAGCUUGCGCUAAACUAAUCCUGAGCUUCAGAAUCAUUGAUCUGAUUUAGAAAUGAUGUUGGAGUACCAAGAUUUGGGGCUGAGCUUGAAGUUGGGAUUUUCCGGCGAGAGUUGCGGCAGGGCGUCAGAAACACCGCAAAACCUCAACCUCUCCACUUCUUCAAGCAGUUCUCAUUCCUCGCCCUUCCACAGCUCCCCAUGCUGGGCAGAUCGGAACUCCGACGCCUGCGGAAGAGCGGAAGCCGCCGCGUUCCUGAAGGGAAUAGACGUGAACCGGGCUCCGGCGGCUGCGGGGGCGGCGGACGGCGAGGAGGAAGCGUGGGUGUCGUCGCCGAACAACAGCACGGUGUCGAGCGGGAGCAAGCGGAGCGAGAGAGAAGAUCAGGAGACGGAGAGAGCUUGCUCAGAUGAAGAAGACGGCGGAGAAGCUUCCAGAAAGAAGCUCCGCCUCAACAAAGAUCAGUCCGCCAUUCUCGAAGAGACCUUCAAAGAACACAACACUCUCAAUCCGAAGCAAAAGCUAGGAUUGGCUAAAAGGCUGGGGUUGAGGCCAAGGCAAGUGGAAGUGUGGUUUCAAAACAGGAGGGCAAGAACAAAAUUGAAGCAAACUGAGGUCGAUUGUGAGGUAUUGAAGAGAUGUUGUGAGAAUCUAACGGAAGAAAAUCGGAGGUUACAUAAAGAAAUUCAACAACUUAGGGCUCUCAAGCUCUCCCCACAUUUCUACAUGCAAAUGCCCCCUCCGACAACCCUCACUAUGUGCCCUUCAUGUGAGUGUGUUGCUGUCCCACCACCAGCAUCGUCUCCGGCAAUAUAUUCUUAUGGGUCAUUGGUCACAAAUAGAAAUGGUCUAACCAAGGCCCUUCCUCUUCAACAUAUGGGAACCUGUGUAGACCCUCAUCGACGAUUUGAUGUCACCCGCCCCAACACCCUUAAACUGUAAUUUGGAAUGAUUUCAUAUUAAUUUUGCGAGAAAUUGUGAAAUUGUACAUAAACUCAAUAGGGUCUCUCAUCUACUAAACCAACCUUUUGAGAUGUGUACUCUCAUAUUAAGUUUAGGUACCUAUCAUAAUUUUAAUAUGAAUGAAUUAUGAGUAGUCUUGUCAAAUUUCCUACCCCUUGUAGAAGAUGUGAAUGAAACAAGGGUAAGGGCUGGCUAGAUACAACAAAAAUGCUAUAGUGCACCAUGAUUAAUGUAUGAUGAUUUGUGGUCUUGGAUAUUGGUAUAUUCAAGAAAAUUUUACAAUGUAAUAUGUACAGUUUUAUUGU